UCAAUACUAAGAUGUGAUAAUCUGGGAGAGCACGUUAUUUAGGCACUACCCUCUGUGACAGCAGGAGCUUUUAUUUUCAUACUGGGAUUUUAUUUUUGUAAAUAAAAUCCACAUUGGAUGUAUUAUAAAAGUUUAAUGACGACCCUUGAAAUGUUACUCCUUUAGAUAUUUGGAACUAUAAGAGAAACCAGCAUUAACUCAGACUUUUUGAAGCAUCAUGAAGGAACUUGUGCUGCUGUCCAUCCUGGCUUUGUGCUCUGCAAAGCCCUACAUGCCAAUUAGAAUCAUGGAUUUCAUGAAGACCAAUGAGAUCAUGCUUCAAGACAGCGGGGAUGAUGAUGAUGACAAUAACAACUCUCUAUUCCCAACCAGGAAAGCGAGAUCAACCCCUCCAUCUUUUCCCACCUGCCCAUUUGGGUGUCAUUGCACAGUGAAAGUAGUCCAGUGUUCUGAUCUUGGUUUGACAGCAGUGCCAAAAGACAUCCCCGCAGAUUCUUUAAUGAUUGACCUUCAAAACAACAAAAUAACUGAAAUCAAGGAGAAUGAUUUCAAGGGGAUGAAAAAUCUAUAUGCAUUGUUUUUGAUCAACAACAAGAUAUCAAAGAUCCACCCAAAGGCUUUCCGUCAUUUGGAUAAGCUACAGCUGCUUUACAUCUCCCAUAACCUGCUGACACAAAUUCCUGCCAACAUGCCUAAAACUGUACUGGAAUUGAGAAUCCACGAUAACAAGAUCAGCAAAGUCCAUAAGGAAGCCUUCAAAGGAAUGAAGUCCUUGCAUGUUCUUGAGAUGAGUGCAAAUCCACUUGAAAACAGCGGGAUCGAACUAGGGGCUUUUGAUGGCAUGUCUUCACUUUUUAUGAGGAUCGCAGAGACAAGGCUAACUGCUGUUCCUAAAGAUUUACCGUCCUCCCUCUACGAGCUUCACUUGGAUUACAAUAAGAUUGGAAAAGUGGAACUUGAAGAUUUUAUGAGAUACAAAGAUCUGCAAAGACUUGGACUUGGACAUAACCAGAUUAAAUCUGUUGAAAAUGGAAGCCUAGCCUAUAUUCCUAAUAUAAGAGAACUUCACCUGGAUAACAACAAACUCAAAAAAGUUCCUGCUGGUUUAGCAUCCCUGAAAUACCUGCAGGUUGUUUACCUCCAUUCUAACAAUAUUUCUGGUGUGGGUGUGAACGAUUUCUGCCCAACAGGGGGCCGUGUGAAAAAGUCCCCCUAUUCUGGCAUCAGCCUCUUUAACAACCCUGUGAAAUACUGGGAUGUACUGCCAGCAACCUUUCGCUGUGUUUCCAACCGCAUGGGAGUCCAGCUGGGGAAUUCCAGGAAGAGGAAGUGAAGUCCUGAGUGAUAACCUAGAGGUUCAAACAAGUCUCUUUACAAAAUUCUAAAUUUGAGCUCAAAUAAUUACUUGAAUGUCUACAGUACAAAUUCAACAAACAUUGUAAAGCCUUACCUGCAGUGUAGAAAUGUGUACUUUUUUAUAUGAAUGGUCCACCUUGACUUCAAAACACUCAAUCAGGUAAAAAUUCAAGUCGACAAACUUUUUGGCUAGUGCCUUCUUCAGUGUGGCGUUGUAGUACCAUACUGUAGUACACUGAAAAAGGCACUACGUUUGUCUAAAAGAAAUCCACCCUUCUUUUGAUUGCAAAAACAUGGCCAAGAUGUAUAUUAGUAGUCAUGGUAUUGUAUCUUUAUUGACUUGAACAUUUCUUAAGGAAUUAUCUUAAAACAAUGGCAAAACCAUUAACCAGCAAAAAAAAGAAAAAAAAAAAGUGUUUAAUGGUUCUUGAGUAUUACUGUCCUGCCAAACUCAAGCAUUAAGGACAGCCAGAACCUUUUAUCUGCAGGAAUUACUAUAUGCAGACAAAUUGUGCCAUCUUAUUCAGAUUUAUUUUAUUGCAGUAAAAGACAAACAACCUGUCUGAUGAUACCUGCUUUUCAUAUUUCAAGCAAUACACAGUAAGAAUGUCUGAAAAUACAAAGCAGGAACUUUUAAAUGAACAAGCAUAACUGUGAUGUUCUAGAAUUUUUAUUAUCUAAAGCAUUUAUACUUUGGAACAAUGAAGUGCUCAGUUUUAAAAGACAAACUUGAGCUGGCAGGUUUUGCUAUUGCUGCACCACUCUUCUAAUUCCAAUUGUAUGUAGACAAGUCAUGUCUUUAAAGCUUUUCUGUUGCAUGCAUGCAUAUUAAUACAUGUCUUUUAUGAUCCCCUUUGGCUCCCUUAUCGUAGAGAGAUGUUAAAUUACAAACCGUUUCAAGAUGAAAAAGACAUUUUAACCACACUAGCUGUUUAUAAAGAAAGAUUGUUCUUGUAAGCAUUUUUUUUUUGUCUAACUUAGUGUAUAUAUUCUAAAGGUAAGUUGUGAGCUCAAACUGAACAUACAUUAUAUUUAUAUUCAUUUCUAUUGCCCGCCCUCCAGUAAAUGCUGUUAUUUGAUUCUAAACCAUUCCAAAUAAAACUGUAAUUCAUGUAACUGUGUCGCCUUCUGAUCAGCAGAUGGCGACACAGUUCCACAAAAAGAAAAAAGCUUUGAUUUCCUAUUAAAGAUUGAGUUGGCAUUGAAGUAGCCAAAAACAGUUUGAUGCUACUUCAGCAUACUAGGAACACAUGGAAUGUGCUCUUCGAAACAUCUCUUAAAGAAAAAAAAAAAAAAACUUUGAAUAUGCUGACCAGCAUAAGAAACAUACAAGGUACAGACCCCAGCAGUUGUCACUGACAAUGAAAAACACAAUUACACUUACAAUGAAAAAUGGACAUUUCACUUUUUUUUUUAUUAUUAUUAAAAUAACAUCACAAUA